UCACAUCAUCAUCACCAGCACCGACUCCCGAUCAACCCGAUAUUUCCGGCUCGUGCCAUCCCAAAUCGCUAUAAAAAAGGCGCCCAUCUCCAUCCUCAACCUCCAUUCCAUUCGCCAUUCCCGCCCUCCUCUCCUCCUGUCGCCUCCAGAGCAACAGCAGCUCCGGCUCGAGCAAGAAACAAGUACUAGUUUGAUCUGUCAAGAUGUUGGCCAUCUUCCAGAAGCAGGUGGCGCACGCGCCGCAGGAGCUCAACAGCCCCCGCGGCAGCACCGCCAAGCCCAAGAACCCCGACGAGAUCCUCCGCGACUUCCACGCCGCCCACCCCUCCGACGCCUUCUCCACCUCCUUCGGCGGCGGCGCCGCCCUCGCCUGCGUCGCCGCGCAGCCCCGCAACCUCGCCGCCGCCGGCUACCAGAGGAUGUUCUGCGGGCUGGACGACAUCUACUGCGUCUUCAUGGGCACGCUGGACAACCUGAGCAGCCUGAUGCGGCAGUACGGCCUCACCGGCCGCUCCACCAACGAGGCGCUGCUGGUGAUCGAGGCCUACCGCACCCUGCGCGACCGGGGCCCCUACCCGGCGGACCAGGUGGUGAAGGACCUGUCCGGCUCCUUCGCCUUCGUCGUCUUCGACAACCGCGGCCGGUCGGGGUCGGGGGCGGCGGUGUUCGCGGCACAGAGCACGGACGGCGGCGUGCCGCUGCACUGGGGCGUGGCGGCUGACGGGUCGGUGGUGAUCUGCGACGACCGCGGCGUGGCCAAGGCCGGGUGCGGCAGGUCGUACGCGCCGUUCCCGCCCGGGUGCAUGUUCCACAGCGAGGGCGGGCUCAAGAGCUUCGAGCACCCCAUGAACCGGCUCAAGGCGUUCCCGCGCGUGGACAGCGAGGGCGUCAUGUGCGGCGCCAACUUCAAGGUCGACGCCUUCACCAAGAUCAACUCCAUGCCCCGCGUCGGCAGCGCCACCAACUGGGCCGCCACCUGGGACGACGCCGCCAUCUGAUCUCCGGCGCCGGCGACGCGCGCCUCGUGGCCUCGUCGGACUUCUGAAUUUAGGCUUACUGCAUUUUACUUAUAUUUUUUCUUUGGCAAUGUACAUUCUGAUCUGAUCUGAUCUGAGCCGUGUGUGGGCGUGGGCACGCUGACACGUACGGUUGUUUGCUUGUACGAUGGAGGAAUAAGACUUUGCUUCCAGUCCAA